AUGGAGGUUUCAAGAUAUGUUCGCUUAAAUAACGGCAUCGACUGUCCGAUAGUUGGAUUGGGAACGGGUGGUCACAAAGCCGGAGGUCCUCCACAGGGAAAGGUAGUCAUCGAAAUGGUCCACAACGCUGUCGAUGACGGCUACAGACAUAUCGAUACGUCCAGUAAUUAUCUGAACGAAGAGGCGAUCGGGAAAGCACUCAAUGAGAUCUUUGCGGCGGGAAAAGUGAAACGCGAGGACAUGUUUAUCACCACAAAGAUUACACCGAAUGCCACCCAAAGUAGGACUGAAGCGUUGAAUGGCGUCCACUUGGCUCUGAAGAAGUUGAACACAACAUACGUGGACCUAAUGCUUAUCCAUAGGGCCGCCAUUGAUCCCAAUGUUAACGACGAGGUCUGGAAGGGUUUGGAGGACGCGUUGGCCCAGAAAUUAGUCAAAUCUAUUGGUAUUUCUAACUUCGAUGUCCAGCAAAUUGAUAGUCUCCUGAAGAAUGCGAAAAUAAUUCCAGCUAUGCUUCAGGUGGAGAGUCAUCCGCAGCAAAAUCAAAGACAACUCAUUGAUUAUUGUCGUAAAUAUGACAUACAUUUGACCGCAUACUCGCCAUUAGGCGCCGGAACUCUCAUAAAGAAUCCAACGAUUGUCUCAAUCGGGAAAAGUCAUAACAAAUCUGCGGCGACAGUAAUGAUCAGAUGGCAGGUCCAGAGGGGUGUCGUCGCCAUUCCUAAAAGUACUAAAAAUGCUUAUAUCAUAGAAAAUAUCGAUGUUUUUGACUGGACUUUAACUGACAAUGAGAUGAAAGUAUUAGAAGAUAUGAAAUAA